UUUGAAAGUAGCGAUGAGGAGAAAGAAAAUUGAAGUUGAAUGAUUUAUUAACAAGCUAUUUUAGACUUAUAAAUGGUUCACUUUAUAUGGUGAAUUUACUAUCUAUGUAAUAACUUUCUUUUUAUUUUUCAUACAUUUGAAGGACAUUUAAAUCCACAAAUUAUUCAUUCUCCCCCCUCCCCCCAUGGAGAACAUAUAGCAUUUGUUUCAAAAAAAUGUACUUCCUACUGUUAUUUUGAAAUUUCUACAUUGUUAAAAUAAUCUUUUUUAUGACGACAUUGCAAACAAGGCGUUAUUAUUGAUGUUUCUAACCUGACGGAAAACGUUAUAGAAAUACACUUGUUGGAAUAACUAUUGGAGACUGUGAUUCGAGAUCAGUGGUUUAUUUAAUUAAAGACUGGACAUUUUCAUUGCAUUCUGUGACUCCAUAAACUCGAGAAAUACAAAAAAUGGAUACGAAAGACUCGAGAAUUUCAGAAAAUGGCACCGAGGACUCGGGAAUUUUAGGAAUUGGCACCAAAGACUCGGAAAUUUUGGAAAUUGGCACCAAAAACUUGGGAAUUUCAGAAAUUGUCACCAAAGACUCGGGAAAUUUGGAAAUUGGCACCAAAGACUCGGAAAUUUGGAAAGAGAUCCGCGAGAGGCAAAGGCUCCUUUGUGAAGCACUUGGGUAUUGGGAAGGUGUGUAUGGUUAUGCAUUUCUAACAAGCUUUUAUGUCGUAUGUCUCAUUGCACUUGAGUAUGCGGAUCGUGUGUAUGGUUAUUCAUUUCUAAGCAUUCUUUUACCUUUAUGUUGCCUUGGCAUUGGUUUAGUAUGCCUUCUUUAUGGAGUUUUCAUUGCACUUUGGUUUGCGGAUCGUGUGUAUGGUCAUUCAUGUUUAGUAUACCUUCUUUUUGGAGCUUAUUUGAUUGGUGUAGUAUACCUUCUUUAUGGAGUUUUCAGUGCACUUUGGUUUGCGGAUCGUGUGUAUGGUUAUUCAUGUUUAGUAUACCUUCUUUUUGGAGCUUAUUUGAUUGGUGUAGUAUACCUUCUUUAUGGAGUUUUCAGUGGUUUAUUAUACCUUCUUUAUGUAGUUUCCAUUGGUUUAUUAUACCUUCUUUAUGGAGUUUCCAUUGCACUUGGGUAUGCGGAUCGUGUGUAUGGUUAUUCAUGUUCCAAUAAUUUUCAAGAGCCAACAUUAAAAGAAUCUGAAACUGAUCCAUCGAUGAAAAAAGAUAACAAAAUUAAGCGACUUAGCGAAGCUUCUUACGAAAAGAUAUCUUUGCCAUUUCCCAUGAGUGACAACGACUAUGACGACAUUGACAAAACUCCUUCUACAACAGUACUUGAUGCAGAUGAUAAUUUGGAUCUAAACACAGAUAGUAACGAUAAUGAUGUUGAAGCUUCUAAAAUAAGAGAACCUUCUGAAUGUCAAUUGAAUGAUAAUGACAGUUUGGAAGACAGCGAUGCAAUGCCUUCAUCAGUUUGUCGUGCGAUAGAAGAAGUUUCCCAUAAUGAUGAACUUAAAAAAGUAGACCAAUCUUCAUCUUCUAGUACAAUGAAGCAACAUAUAAAAAGAGAGGGUAUUUUGCCCAAUAUCACGUCUUUAGAAAGUGAUGAAAAAAGUAAAAUGAGAGCAUUUGAAGAUGUUAACGUUGCCAAAAGUGCUGUGCCUUCUAAAUCGGAAGCUGAAAAGAAAGAAAGACGACGUCGCAAAGAUAGUAACGAUGAUGAUGAAGCUUCAAAAAUAACAGAAACGUCUGUAGUUCAAUUGAAUGAUAAUCACGGUUUCGAAGACCGCGAUGCAAUGCCUUCAUCAGUUUCAAAAAUAACAGAAACUUCUGUAGGUCAAUUGAAGGAUAACGAGAGUUUCGAAGACAGUGAUGCAAUGCCUUUAUCAGUUUCCCAUAAUGAUGUACUUGAAAAAGUAGACCAAUCUUCAUCUUCUAGUACAAUGAGUAAGCAACAUACAAAACGAGGGGGUGGUUUUCCAAAUAUCACGUCUUUAGAAAGUGAUGACGAAAGUAAAAUGAGAGCAUUUGAAGAUGUUAACGUUGCCAAAAGUGCUGUGCCUUCUGAAUCGGAAGCUGAUAGUAACGAUGAUGAUGAAGAUGAUAAUAAUAGUGAAGACAUGAUUGGUGUUUCGCCUUCCACAUCAAAACAUGAUGAAGAUGAUAAUUUGGAUGAACACUUUUGGAUGAACACAAGCUUUUUAGAAGAAGAGGGAAAACAACGUUUGGAAGGUUCCAAUAAUUUUCAAGAGCCAACAUUAAAAGAAUCUGAAACUGAUCCAUCGAUGAAAAAAGAUAACGAAAUUAAGCGACUUAGCGAAGCUUCUUACGAAAAGAUAUCUUUGCCAUUUCCCAUGAGUGCCAACGACUAUGACGACAUUGACAAAACUCCUUCUACAGCAGUAAUUGAUGAUGAUAACAGUGAAGUCAUUAUUGGUGUUUCGCCUUCCACAUCAAAACCUGAUGCAGAUGAUAAUUUGGAUGAACACUUUUGGAUGAGCACAAGCUUUUUAGAAGAAGAGGGAAAACAACGUUUGGAAGUUCAAGAAUUGUUGCGUCAACCAUGGAAAUGUUUUGAUAAAUCAAUAAUACAUCAGAAGAAGUUUAAAAAGAUGGAGAAAUAUGGACGCAAACAUCCAGAAAAAGUUACACUGCUCAGUGAAUUGCGUGUAAUUUUCAUGAAGGAGUUUUUGCUUGGCAAGGGAAGUGAUGGAACCCGUGUUUACCUUGCCCUGGGAAAUAAUGGUUAUGGAAAAGCAGUAAAGCGAAUACACAAAGAUAGUGGCAAAGACUAUGCAAAUCGAGAAAAAGAAAUUUUGAUUGAGUUGAAUGCAAAGCGUUCAAAUCAUGUUGUGAACUUUUGCCAUUUAGAAGAGAACCUUGACGAAGAGUAUUUGUACAUGAUAUUAGAUUUGUGUGAAGAAUCGUUAGAGAGUUAUGUGAAAUCUUCUUCUUUGCAAGAUCUUCAAAAAGUCGUUCCUACAAUUCUUAUGCAGAUUUUAAAAGGUUUAGCUGAUCUUCACAGCGGUGAGCGUCCUAUUCUUCAUCGGGAUUUAAGACCAUCAAACGUUCUUCGAGAUGUGGAUGGAAAUUUUUUAAUCGCUGACUUUGGUAUAAGUCAUAUGUUAUCUAAUGAAACUUCGACACAUCGGAGCAUACAAAGAGGAGCUAAAAAUUGGAUAUCUCCAGAGUCAUAUGACGCAUCAGAUGCAUCAAUUAAUAAAGUUCGUUACAAAAAAGAGUCUGACAUUAUGAAUGCAGGAAUGGUGGCUUAUUAUGUUGCAACAAAGGGAAAACAUCCUUUUGGACAUGAACGGCAUAGAUUGGACAACAUUUUGAGAGGAAACCCAGUUGGAUUGGGCGAAAUCAAGGAUGCCACGUUCAAAAACCUUUUAUCGUGGAUGCUACAGUUAAAACCUGAAGACAGGCCAUCUGCCGAUAAGGCGUUAAAGCACCCUUAUCUACAACCAGACGAAGAGAAAUUUAACAUGCUAUGUGAUAUGGGGAACCAACUGGAGGUGAAACAUUCACGAGGUCAAAAUUCUCCCACUUCAGACGUUUAUACGCAGUUGUAUGACUCCAUAGAAUGGAUGAAGCGUAUCGACUAUAAAGUCGUCAAAGAUUUGAUCAACUUUGAGGUAAACGAUAGUAUAAGAACUCUAAAGUACGAGUCUACAUGGGCAGGAUGCUUAAAAUUCAUACGAAACGUCGACCAACAUUGGCAAGAUAAGCGUCGUCCGCAUCUAUCACAAUAUGUGAAGCAAGGCAAUUAUAAAAAGUAUUUCUUGCAACGUUUUCCUGAACUUCCUCUUCUGGUGUACAAAGUCAAUAGGACAUUGGAAAACGAAAUCUGAUCACAAGAAUAAUCAAGAACAUCGUGCAUUUGUUCAGGAUUUGUUUAUACUAUCUACUCAUAAGUUUUAUUGUCUCGCUUUUAAAUUUAAUGACUUUUCAUUUAGGCAUUUUCUCACUCGAUACUGAAGCAAAUGGAUAUGAUUACUUAAACUAUUUAUAAUGGGACAUAAAAUAUUACUAAGUCAAAUGUGUAGUCACGUAGGGGCAACGUAUCCCUCGCAAUACAUGGCAUUCAUCUUGUUAGAUGAAUUAAAAUUGUAUGUUCGUCAUUCGUAUUUUGUUAAAUAUAUGCAGGGCUGCGACUCAAAAUUAUUUAGAUUUUUGAGCGUUGGAGAUUUACCUCAUCGCAGAAUACAGAGAUAAGUUAACAAUUGGAUAACUCCAGUCAUAUGAUCUAUCCAGCAUCCAAUCAUCAAUGUAUCUUGUUACAAGAAACAGUCUGAUGUUAUGAUAAGUAUUUGUUGUGGACAUUUAAAUGUAGUUGAAUUCUGCAAAUAACAAAUAAAGUCAAUUUUUGACGUUUCAGUAUCCACCGCCACUAA